CCAUUUCCCUUGUUCAAGUUCAAUCAUUGGUCAGUAAAUAAUACAAUCAAAACAAUUGUAUGUUUUCUUAUAGCUUUCAUUCACCAGGAUGUUUCAUGGGAAUAAAAUGUUUUGUGCAGCUCAGCAAACACACGUUCUAAGAUAAACUACUACAAGAAUUUCACAGACACCCAUGAGGCUUGUUCCUAGCAACAUCCAGAGACCGGACUAUGCAGAUCAUCCUUUGGGGAUGUCUGAGUCAGAACAGACCAUGAAGGGGACAUCUCAGAUUAAGAUCCUCAACGCCGAAGAGAUUGAAGGCAUGAGAGUCGUCUGCAAGCUGGCUCAAGAAGUGCUGGACAUUGCUGCCAUGAUGGUGAAAUCUGGAAUGACAACAGAGGAGAUCGACCAUGCAGUGCAUUUGGCCUGUAAAUUGUUACCCAUCACCUCUGAACUACUACAACUUUCCAGAGGCCCUGUCCCAAAUGGCACACUCCGGACUUGUGGUCCUCCUCAGAAUCCACACUUUGAUGACAUCACAUAGUCCAGACUUUAGGGACCCUUGAUGGGAGUCCACGUGGGUGCACAGGAAGUCCUAUUUUUGGACAGACUCGAGCAUCACACAAGAAAUAGGUAGAGAAGUUGCCCAUCAGUGUGAACUCCUCCCUUCAGUCGUCUGAUUGCCCUUUCGCAAGGACUUCUGGGUUGGUAAAGUGCGCGAAACCUGCUGCAGUGCGAGCUUCGCUGAAGACCGCAUCAAGGGGGCAAAGGAGGCCCUGAUGAGCACACUUCAAAGCAUAAAAAUGACAGAUGGGACACCCUGCGGACUCGCAGACUAAGCAAGAAUGCGCAAUUUAAGGCCACGAGACCGAAAGUCUACAUGAGGUGCGCCAUUUGGGACAGGGCCAAAGUCUUGCUGCACCUCCGUCAAUGAAGUAUGUCAUGGAAUACCUGACUGCCGCCCCCUACAGGAUGGGGACAUACUUAACAGUAUGUAUGAGCAUACACAUGCAGAUUUCACUUUUUACAGAAUGUUUUGUUUUUAAGUAUUGUGUUUAAGUAAGAGAUAUACACAUUCACUGACUUAAGUCAUUAAAAUAAAAAAAUUUAACUUUCCACGUCACACAGACAUAACAAGCGGUAAUAAACAUUUAAUAACUAUUUGUGUUUUUAAAAAUAUAUGUGCCUUGUAUUAAUGCAAUAAACUGUGGUUAUUAAAGCGGAUGUUUAAUAAAAAUCUUCCAGCUCUUGGAUUAAAUAUGGCACAUGUAGGCACCAGGACUCACAUAUCAUGUUCAUGGAUGAUGUAAUGAACUGAAGUUUUAUAACCAUUACUUUAUAAUGUAACUUCAAACUAAAUAUAGAUAUAAAAACUGCACAUUCUGUAAUUCACAAUCAGAAACUCUUAUACACCCAUUUUGGCAAUGUAACUUUAUAUAAAAAAAACUGUGGUUAGACAUUUGCCAUUUUAUUGCUGAUCACAUAUAUAAUGAUUUUAAGCUGUGCUGUAAAGAUGUUUUGUUUGGUUUUGUAAGUUUUGAGAAGCAAUAUGAAAAUACUUACUAUCUAUGUA